AUGGCAUUCUCUUUCUGCAAGAGCUUUGGCAAGGAUAAAGUGAUCUUUGCUACCAAAGAGGAUCAUGCGGUGCCUAGCAAAAUUGAGUUGCCACCUCCAGAGGCCCCACAGGGUCUUAUCUCCAAGAAUGGGGACAUCAAUUGGAGCUGCCCUUGUUUGGGUGGCAUGGCCACAGGACCCUGCGGUGUUGACUUUCGGGAGGCGUUUUCUUGCUUCCACUACAGCGAAGCGGAGCCCAAAGGCUCCGAUUGCUACGAGGCAUUCCGUCAAAUGCAAGACUGCUUCCAGCAGUAUCCAACGGUAUACAACAAGGCCAAUGGAGCGGAUGAUGAUGACGAUGCGCUUGGAGAUGUUAUGAAUGCCGACAACAAUGGUGCGAGUGUCAAGGAUGUGGAUGAACUGUCGAGUGGAGCUGGAGCUGCGGCUGCUGUGGCCAACACCACUACUGUUUCUAAAGUCGAGUAAAAUGUGUUUAAAUAAAUGUAACCAAAAAACUUA